AUGGUUCACAUCAAAGAGUUCGCCGUGGAACAAUGGAUGGACAAAUAUGAAACCACAGCCAAAUACAAUGUGGCAGAGACAUGCUGUGCGUCAAUCUCAUUUAAUGAUCUCCGGGAGCUGUCGGAGGACAAGUCCGACCCGUUGGACUUGAGCAUUAAGCUCACUUACGGAGCUAUUCGUGGGUCGGAACGACUCCGGGGAAACCUGGCAAGGCUGUACUCAGAUCAAACACCUUUGCCAUUGGACAAUGUCUUGAUCACUGCUGGCGCCAUUCAAGCCAAUUUUCUCCUGCUUUAUACUCUGGUUGGGCCCGGCGACCAUGUUAUCUGCCAUUACCCCACAUACCAGCAGCUCUACUCAGUCCCCGAGUCGCUCGGGGCCGAAGUGAGUCUGUGGAAGGCGAAAGAGGCAGACAACUGGAGGCUGGAUCUCAAUGAAUUGAAGAGACUUAUCCGUCCAAAUACCAAACUAAUUAUCCUCAAUAACCCCCAAAAUCCGACCGGAGCGGUGAUACCCCAGGAGACAUUGAAGGAUAUUGUUGAAAUAGCUCGAAGCUCAUCCAUCAUUGUCCAUGCUGAUGAGGUUUACCGACCGCUAUACCAUUCUGUCGGGGAAGACCAAGCCCCAUCAUCGCUCCUGUCUCUAGGGUACGAGCAUACGGUAGUGACCGGCUCCAUGUCUAAGGCGUAUAGUUUGGCAGGACUCCGUGUUGGAUGGAUUGCAUCUCGCAACCGCUCAAUCAUUGAGACCUGCGCCAGCGCCAGGGACUACACAACCAUUUCCGUCGGCCAGCUGGACGAUGCUAUUGCGAGUUUCGCCUUAGCCCCGGCGUGUGAGCCUAAUCUCAUUAAGCGGAACCUUAACUUGGCCCGCCGGAACCUGGCGAUUUUGGCGAAAUUCAUCGAGUCUCAUCGGUGGGCAUGUGACUGGGUUAAGCCGCAAGCAGGUACAACGGCAUUCGUGCGUUUUCACAAUCAAGGCAUUCCAGUGGAUGACGUAGCCUUCUGUGAACAACUCCUUCAGAAGACCGGAGUAAUGUUUGUCCCUGGACACUUAUGUUUUGGGGAAGGAGAUGAUUAUGAGGGAUAUGUUCGGAUAGGGUAUGUGUGUGAGACGGAAGUGCUGGAACAAGCUAUGGAAGCGUUGCGAUCGUUCAUGGAAGGGGAAUAUAGGAAUGUGCCGGUGAGGAAUCGGACUUCGAGAUCUGCCGACCGAGAUCUCCCCAUCCCUCUCCCGAUCGCCGGUUCGGCGCUGGUAGCCACGCUGGCAUACCUAAAUGCCAAAUUCUCCCUAUUCCAAGACAAACAUUCAAUUUCGUCUAUGGUCAGCAUAGCUAGUAACUCCAAGUCCGCUGAGCGAACCGAUCGCGUCAGUUACUUCUAUGUUCUGGAGCAGCACGCCCGGGAUCCCAAAACCAAGGAUCGGCCGUUUAUCGUCUACAAUGGACAAAGCUGGACAUAUCACGAAACGUACGUGCUGGCGCUGCGCUAUGGCACCUGGUUCAAGCAGGUUCACGGAGUCAAGCCCCGGGAAGUCGUUGCCAUGGAUUUCAUGAACUCCUCGACGUUCGUGUUUAUUUGGAUGGGUCUUUGGAGUAUUGGCGCUGCGCCCGCCUUUAUCAAUUACAAUCUGACAGGGCAGCCCUUGACACAUUCGGUUCGGGCCUCAAGCGCACGACUGCUACUCGUUGAGGAGGAGCUUCGCCAGAAGUUUACGUCCGAGCAAUUAGAGCUGUUUGCUUCUCCUGACUUUCGAGACGGAGGAGAUCCAGUCAAUGUGGUCUUCUUCACCCCGGAAGUCGAAACUCAGAUCCUCGGAAUGGAGCCCACGCGAGAGGAUGACACAGCUCGGAGCGGCAUUCAGCUGCGCGACAUGGCCACGCUGAUCUACACAAGUGGGACUACCGGUCUGCCCAAGCCCGCGAUCCUCCCUUGGAGGAAAGUCUGGGCUGGCGCUGUAAUGAUCAAAACCUGGCUGAAGAUGACCAAGGAUGAUCGGGUGUUCACGUGUAUGCCACUCUAUCACUCAUCCGCAGCCAUCCUCGGUCUCAUGCCGUGUUUAUGGACAGGAGCGGCUUUGAUCAUCGGUCGCAAAUUCUCUGCUCGGAGCUUCAUGCGAGAAGCCGGGGAGAAUGAUGCAACUAUCGUGCAAUACGUGGGCGAAACCAUGAGAUACCUCUUAGCAGUGCCGCCCGCCAUUGAUCCCGUUACAGGGGAAAAUCUAGACAAGAAGCAUAAGAUUCGCCUGGCUCUGGGCAACGGCCUGCGGCCCGACAUCUGGAACCGGGUGAAGGAACGGUUCAAUGUCCCUACGAUUGCCGAGUUCUAUGCUUCUACCGAAGGCCCAGGCGGCUUGUUCAAUAUCUCGUCGAACGACUUUACCGCAGGUGCAAUUGGCCGUAGCGGGUUUAUCACCAGUAAGAUCAUCGGUCGUAGUGUCGCUAUUGUUGAGAUUGAUCAAGAAACCCAACAACCCUGGCGCGACCCCAAGUCAGGUUUCUGCAAAAAGGUCCCGCGGGGCGAUCCGGGUGAGCUGCUAUAUGCACUCAACCCGCAGGAUCCUGGAGAGUCCUUUGUCGGUUAUUACAAGAACAACAAAGCCACGGACGGCAAGAUACUCCGCGACGUGUUUCGCAAAGGUGACGCCUACUACCGAUCCGGAGAUUUGAUCCGAUGGGACAAAGACGGUCGGUGGUACUUCUCCGAUCGUCUCGGUGACACCUUCCGUUGGAAGAGUGAAAAUGUCUCUACCAGCGAAGUAGCGGAGGUGCUGGGCGUGCAUCCGGAAGUGCACGAAGCCAAUGUCUAUGGAGUGGCAUUGCCGAACCAUGAUGGCCGUGCUGGCUGCGCCGCCCUCGUUCUUCAGCAACAGGCACGCUCCGAGGAUCAGACAGUGGUCAUCCCUCCAUGUGAAGAGAGUCUAAACAGCCUGGCGGCGCAUGUGCUGAAGAAUUUUCCGCGUUUUGCUGCUCCCCUGUUUCUCCGAGUCAUGGCUGAGAUGCAGGCUACCGGAAAUAACAAGCAGCAGAAGCAUACUUUCCGGACACAAGGAGUGGAUCCAGCACUGGUCCCUGCGAGUGAUCGCAUGUACUGGCUCCAGGGGAACCAGUAUGUGCCGUUUGAGUCGAAGGAUUGGGACCGACUACAAGCUGGGCAAGCCAAGCUGUGA